GACGUUUGCACAGCAAGAAAACAAAGGAUGAGCUGUGGCCGUCACUAUUGACUGGUAGUCAGUCCAUCACGCAAUAUUUAUACGUAAGUGAAGCGGCGCGUGAGAACGGGUCCUGGAAACCAAACCCGCAGACAGUGAGCGACUGACGGGCACACGGCAGACUUAAUGUAGGGCUGCUUCUAAGAGUGAUGGCUUUUGAGGCUGUGCGGCUGCCCACUACCAGCCUGCAGUAUGAAUGCCAACCAUACCGCAGUAAGAAGAAGAAGAAGAAAAUGACAGAGGAGAGGAAGAUGGGUAGUUCAGCAAACCAAGCUCUGCAGAUGCAAACUGAAAUUGAGGCGCUGACCGCUGCUGGUCAUGAGGCUUUGCUGCAGGGAAACAGAACUGAGGCGCUGGCCAAAUUUAAAAAGGCGUUUUUAACAUCCCUGGAGGUGAAAGAACUGCAUGUUCAGCGAGCAUGUGCCUUCAACCUAGGUGCAGCUUAUGUGGAAGCAGGUAAGGCAGAGAAAGGUCUAGAGUUUCUCAAGCGCUCCCAACCACAAGACAUCAAUGAAGGAGGCACAGAGAAGAUUGCUGACUUGCACUUCAAUUUUGGGGCAGCCUAUGAUUCCCUUGGAGACGUCGUCAGGGCUAUUGAACACUAUCGAAUGGCAAGUGACUUAUAUGGGUCACAGGAAGAAUGGCAGAAUGAAGCAGAUGCACUCAUGAAACUGGCGUUUUGCCAUUUGAACAUUCAGGCAACCAGCACAGCUGCUCAGUGUUUCCAGAAAGCUGGGGAUCGGUAUAAAGCCGUAGGCAGGCUGCACCUGGCAGCCUCCGCCUUCAAGGAAGCCAGCUCUCUUAUGCUGAAGAGUAAAGAGUUCACAGAGGAAACAAUCUUAAAUAUUCUCAAUGCUUGCAAAGAGCUCUGUGAUUGUAUCCACAAUGAGGAAGGAUUAGGUAAUCUUUAUAAUGAUGUAGGACUCGGAUUCUCUCAGCUGAUGCAGUUCCAUAAGGCUGCCGAAUGCUUUGAGAAAGCUUUGCCUUUCUGUCGAGCCGAGAAGCAAGACCACAAGAGGGAAGCAGUAGUCUUGCAGAACCUGGGAGCAAUUUACAACACCAUGGACAAAUUCCAACAAGCCCUGGAUUUUCAUAAGGAAGCAGCAGCACUGCAUGGCUGUAUGGGAAACCGCAAUGCACAAGGCCAGUGCUUCUCUAAUCUAGCCUUUGCUUUCAGCCAGCUGGGAGAGUAUGAGGAAGCAGAAGAGAACUAUCUGCAUGCAUUGCUUGCUUUUAGAGACACAGGUGAUUUCCAUGGUCAGUAUCAGUCCUGUGAGGGUCUUGGUGCAAUUAAAGUUCGCUUACAUGAGCCUGACAGAGCCAUUCUCUACUAUAAAGAAGCCCUGGGCCUGAUAUCAAAAUGCAAGGAUAUGCCAGGCAGUGCCCAGGAGAGACUUGUAAACAAGCUUACGGACACCAUCCAGUAUAAACUUUGCUCAGCCAGCUCAAUUUUUAGCAGAGGUGUCACAAAAACUGAUUUGCAAUCUAAAGGCCUUCCUGAAAAUCCUUCACCCUUUGAGACAAUCAUGUCUGAUCAACAGCGACAUCCACAGGAGCAACACAUACCUAUUAGACCCAGGGUGAUGAAUGGUGCCCCCCAUUUCAUGAAUGGUGAAAGUUCUCACCUCCAAGCAGAGGAUGGAAUUCCUGUGAAACCUGAUCAUCACAGUAAAGAUGAUGUUUUGAAGGAGUCAGCCUUUGUCAGCCCUCAGGAUGAGAAUGGUGGGCCUCGACCAGAAAAUUCAGACUUCUGUCAGAAAAAUGAAGCACUGGAAGGAGUGACAAAGUCAGAUGUCAGAAAAAGUGACCGAAGGGAAACACAAGAGCCAAAACAUUUGAUGAUGUUGCCACAAGCCAAUAGGAAUCUUAAUAACACUUGCCUACAGCCAGACCAAAAUUCCCAAAAUGAUAAAUUACAGAAACCCCAAAAAAGUGACCACCAUUCUGAGACGAUGAAGAUGAAAACAGUAGAACCAGAGAAGGAUGGUUCUCACAUUAUGAACCCUGAAGAUACAAUUGAUGACAAGCAGGAUAGAAGGAAGAGUCAAAAAAGAGAUAAAUCUCAAUCUAGGGUAUGCACAGUGAUGUGAGCUAAUAGGACAACAGAACAUGAGAACAUCAAACGUUUGUCAAACAUGUGGAGAGCAUUCAGUUCACCAAGAUGUUGACGAUGGAACCAUAAACUAUGCCAUGUAUGCUUCUUUCCAAUGGAGACAUUAUUUAAAUACAUUUGAAUAGCUGAAAAAGAACUGAAGAUGAUAGAAAAAAAUUAAAAGGACAAUUUAAAUAACUGUUCAUGUAACAAA